AUGGUUACAACGUCAUGUGGUGCAGUAUAUGCUGUCGAGUGCAGCUCUGACCGCUUCGGCAAUGACCUUGAGAACGGUCUCGUGUACACCGACACUUACGAGCAGUGUCUCCAAGCCUGUGACAACACUACUGGCUGUGUCAAUGUUUCCUGGGUCAUUGGCAAGCCUGGUGCUUGCUACAUGAAGGGCAGCAUCGGUGACGUCCGCGUUAACUCAAACAUCAUUGGAGGACGCAAGCUUUCCGGCUGCUCCACCUUCAAGCUUCACCGCAAGCGCGUCGCGUUUGGCGCUCCCAAGGCGAAGCUGAACAAGCGUGCCGCGCUUGACGAUUCCAAGGCGAAAUUGGAGAAGCGUGCCGGCUUCUUCGGUCCUGACUUCACAUUCACUCAGGCUCAAGUCACUGCGACUUCGACUGCUACUGCCAGGACUACCGUUACCACGUAA